UUACUUACUUUUUUUUUGAGGUGAGAAGUGAGAGGUAAUUUAUUUCAUUUUGUGCUAAGGUCAGAUGUAAAGCUACGGAUUGUGUUCUUUAACCUCAAUGACAAAACUCAAAUAGAGGCUACAGGACUUGUUUAUAGAACGAGUUUUUUUUAAUGUAAGCGCUCAAAGGCGGCAUGUUUCCAAACGAUUACCCAGAGCUGCUGUUCCUUCGCCUGAUGACUGUUUUCUCUGUUUGGAUCUGGAGAAAGAGAUCAGUGACUCGCACCAUCGGCUCUCAGUCUGUUAAUGAUAAGCUUCCAGUCCAGUCUCCUGUCUCUCCAUCUGCUGGAUUCUCUGUUGUUGUGAAGGCUGAAAGUGGCAGUAUUGUUACGCUUCCUGCUCUCAUUAACAGCACAUUUUCAGAUCAUGUUGCCCUCGACAUCACAGGCAGCACUGCUUUCAUUCAAGCACAAACUGAAAAGGAAAAUUUAGACUGGUUUACAGAAGUUCUACAGAAAUUUCUGGCGAGUCACAGAGCCGAAAUGAAGAAGAAAUGCGAGUGCAUUUUUGAGGGCAAAAAGGACACCAAAACUAAAAUUCUUCUAAAGAAGGUCUACACAAAGCUAUACAUCACCGAAGGAGAAUUAAAAGAAGUUAACAAGGAACAUGAGAUUCUGAAAAUCGACAAAGCCUCCAGUGUGCAAAAAUCUCAAGAAAAAACAAUCCACUGCAAUGAAAUUUUCAACCUUCAGGGGAAAACUGAAGAAAAAAGAGUUGUGCUCACCAAAGGAAUUGCAGGAAUUGGAAAAACGGUAUCAGUUCAGAAGUUUAUUCUUGAUUGGGCAGAAGGAGAAGCCAACCAAUCCAUAGACUGCAUUUUCCUCCUUCCAUUCAGAGAGAUUAAUUUGAUUAAGGAUGAAGAAUACAGUCUGCAUGAAUUACUGCAGGAAUUCCACCCUGAACUGGAAAAAUUCAGUGAUACCCAUUUGUACAAAAAUCUCAAGUUUGCAUUCAUCUUCGAUGGGCUUGAUGAGAAUCGCCUUCCAUUGGACUUCAGUGUCCAUAUGGUGAGAAGCGAGCAAAAGAAAGCCUCUGUGAAUGCUCUCAUCACAAACCUUAUUGAAGGAAAUCUGCUUCCUUCUGCACUGGUCUGGAUCACCUCUCGACCAGCAGCAGCCAAUCAAAUCCCUUCACAGCAUGUGAGCUUGUAUACAGAAGUGCGAGGAUUCACUGACAAACAAAAGGAGGAGUAUUUUAAAAAGAGAAUAACAGAUGUGAAUCACGCCUCUAAAAUCAUCUCACAGAUUAAGAAAUCUCGGAGCCUCUAUAUCAUGUGCCACAUCCCCAUCUUCUGCUGGAUCACUGCUACAGUGCUUCAGGAGAUGCUGGUGCAAAAUGGUGGUGAAGAAAUUCCCACUACUCUGACUGAAAUGUACAUCCAUUUCCUGCUUAUACAGAUGAACAUUAAAAACCAGAAGUAUGAUGACAAAGAGGAGCGAGAUUUAAAGAAGCUUCUGACUAUGAACAGAGAAAUGAUCCUGAAGCUGGCCAAGCUGGCAUUUAAACAGCUGGAGAAGGGGAACAUCAUGUUCUAUGAAGAUGACCUGAUAGAGUGUGGUAUUGAAGUCGGUGUAGAUUCAGAGUACACUGGGAUGUGUGCUGAGAUCUUUAAGAAAGAAUCUGUGCUUUACGAGAAGAAGGUUUACUGUUUCAUACAUUUGAGCAUUCAGGAAUUUCUCGCCGCACUCCAUGUUUUUGACUCCUACCUCAACAAGAACAUGAAUGAGUUACAAUUUUUUUUCAAAGAUUUCCCUUCUAUGGACACUCAGCUAGAUGUGUUGCUGAAGAACGCUGUUGAUAAAGCCAAAGAGAAUGACAAUGGACAUUUAGAUCUUUUUCUUAGAUUUCUUCUCGGCAUUUCACUUGAGUCCAAUCAGAAACUCCUGCAAGGCGUUCUUACACAAACAGUCGUAACCAAAAAGAGCAUUAGCAGAGUAAUCCAGUUCAUUAGACAAAAGCAGAACGAAUCUUCUGAUAUGUCCCCUGAGACAUCAAUCAAUCACUUCUUCUGUCUGAUGGAACUGAAAGACAGCUCCCUCUACAACCAAAUCAAGAAAUAUCUGUGUACAGACAACUUUCCAAAUAGAGAGCUUUCCUCAUCAAAUUGCUCAGCUCUGGCCUACUUGAUAUUAAUGACAGGGGACAUUUUGGAGGAACUCAACCCAAAAAAAUUCAACCCGUCCAUUUCAGCCUAUAGGAGACUCAUCCCUGCUGUGAGCUGCUUCAGAAAAGCUUGGCUUGCUGGUUGUGAGUUGACUGAAACAUGCUGGGAGACUGUGACUUCAGCUCUAGUGGCAGAAAACUCGGUUCUGACAGAGCUGGACCUGAGCGACAAUUACAGGGUGGAGAAGGGCGCAAAGUUGCUUUCUGAUGGACUGAGGAGUUCACACUGUAAACUGGAGAUACUGAGACUAGCAAGAUGCCAUUUCUCCCAGAGCAGCUGUGCUGAACUCGCUUCAGCCCUCACAUCAAUUUCAUCUUCUCUGCGUGAACUGGACCUGAGCAACAAUGACCUGCAGGACACAGGACUGGAGCUGCUUUUUGCUGGACGGGAAAAUUUAUACUGUAAUUUGCAAAUUUUGAGGCUGAACUGCUGUAACCUCACAGAGAAGAGCUGCUCAUUCCUCUCCUCUCUUCUCAACACUUUAAGAGAGUUGGACCUUAAUAACAAUGACCUGCAGGAUUCAGGAGUGAAGCUCAUUUCUGAAGGACUCACCAAUGAACACUGCAAACUGCAGAUACUGAGGUUGCCUGGUUGUUUAGUGACAGAAGAAGGAUUUUCUUUACUGGCAUCUGCUCUGAGUUCAAACUCCUCACUAGUCCUGACAGAUCUCGAUCUGAGCUACAAUAACCCAGGAGAUAAAGGAGAAAAGCUGCUCUCUGAACUGCUGAAUAAUCAAAACAGCAAACUGAAGACACUCAAGAUGGAACCAAACAGUGAACGAUUUAUCAAAGCUGGGAUCAAAAAGUAUGCCUGUGAGCUCACGUUUAACCCAAACACGGCACACACACAACUGUGUCUGUCUGAGUCAAACAGGAAGGUCUCUUACACCUUCCAACAGCAGCAGUACCCAGAUCACCCAGAGAGAUUUCAGCUGUAUCAGCAGGUUCUGUGUAAUGAGAGUCUGAGCCAUCGCUGUUACUGGGAAGUCUGUUUGGAAGACUCAUUGCCCAAAAUUGGCAUCACAUAUCCUGAAAUUGAGAGGAAAUCAGAAGAACUUUUGCUGUGGAAUUCUCGCAUGAAGCUUGGGUCAAACUUGGUUUCCUGGGUGCUUUGGUGUGUAACCAACAGAUACUACAUUGCUAGGCACAAUACAAAGGACUUUACCAUAGACAUGCCAAACUCGAAGAGGAUUGGUGUGUAUCUGGACUGGCCUGCUGGAACUCUGUCUUUUUACAGCGUGUCGCCAGAUACACACACACUUAAACACAUACACACAUUCUACACAGUGUUUGAGAAGCCGGUGUAUCCGGGGUUCAGCGUGGAAAGCGGCUCUCUGACUUUGUGCCAGCUGGAUUAAUUGCCACAUAAAGGAGUGAAUGAUUUAAAAAUAAAUAAAUAAAUAAAACAUUGUAUAUUGUAUGUAUAUCUAAUCUUUUACAAAAAGUCUGGAAUUUGUGCCUUUAAUCAAUUGAAAUCAGCUUUGCUGAACAUUUAUAGAAAAAUGACGAUAGCCAUGCAGCUUUAUAGUUUUUAAAUCAUUUGUAGAAAUCUGAAGUAAAAAAAAAAAAGUU